AUGCCAUCUCAUGUUUGCAAGCUCUCCAAAUCGUUAUAUGGCUUAAAACAGUCGCCUCGCGCUUGGUUUCUCAAACUGAGCACUGCUCUUAUUGAUUGGGGUUUUACUGCAUCUCAAGCUGAUUGUUCUAUGUUUGUCUAUCGAUCUGCUACAACCAUGCUUAUCCUCUUGGUUUCUGUUGACGAUAUCAUUGUGACAGGUUCAUGUUCCUCCACUAUUGCUACUCUUCUUCGCUACCUGAACACAAAAUUUGCCGUCAAAGACCUUGGACCCCUCCAUUCUUUUCUCGGCCUUCAAGUCACUCGUAGUUCAGCUAGCCUUCAUCUCUCACAGACCAAAUAUGUCCGUGAUUUGUUAACCAAAACUGGUUUGUUGGACUCCAAACCGGUUUCAACACCCCUUGCUCUCACUGCUCUCUCUCUUCAUGAUGGGUCACCUUUACCUGAUGCUACUGCAUAUCGAAGUCUUGUUGGGGCACUGCAAUACUGCACUUUCACUCAGCCUGAUAUUGCCUUCUCGGUCAAUAAGCUUUGUCAAUUUAUGCAUGCACACACAACCACUCACCUUCAAGCCGCUAAACGAGUUCUUCGGUACCUACGGGGCUCGACUCACCUUGGCUUACUCAUUCAACCUGACUCGACCAUGCAUUUGCAUUGUUACACUGAUGCCGAUUGGGCCUCUUGCCCUGAUGAUCGUCGUAGCACGAGUGCCUACUGUAUCUUUCUUGGCACCAACCUCAUUUCUUGGUCUUCCUCCAAACAGAAAGUGGUCUCUCGCUCCAGCACCGAAUCUGAAUAUAGAGCUCUUGCCAAUGGUGCCUCUGAAUUGUCAUGGAAUGAAUCCCUUGUUGCUGAACUUGGUAUUUCCUUAUCCUCUCCACCUUCUAUGCAUUGUGACAAUGUUAGCACGCUUCAUUUAGCCUCCAAUCCCGUGCUCCACGCCCGCACCAAACAUGUCGAAAUCGACUGCCACUUUGUGCGUGAACGGGUCCGCCGGAAUGCUCUUUCUCUGGUCUUCACUCCUUCGAAAGAACAGCUUGCUGACUGUCUCACCAAACCACUGGUUACGUCUCGCUUCAUCGAUCUCAGGACCAAACUCACCGUCCUUCCCAGCCCGUUGAGUUUGUGGGGGGAUGUUAAACCAUAUUAA